AUGGCAGCGCAAUCAAAGCUUCGACUCCUCCCACCAGACCGAACCAUCAAAGGCAUCAUCUCCGAGUUCACGACCCUCUACCUCAAACACCGCACGAAGAUCUCCCGUACCGUCUACCUAACCCUCUUCUUCGCCCUCCUCAACCGCAUCCGCAAUGCUAUAUCCGAACAAAAAGCUGCUGCUGCGCGGCAAGCUGUGUCGCGGCAGCGAGGCUCAAUUGCGCUGGGUAGUGGGGAGGCGCCGAAGAGACAGAAGGUUGAGUUGAAUAGGGAGUUCUUCAAGAAUCUGUUUCGGCUGCUGAGAAUAUGCAUACCGGGGUGGAGGAGUAAGGAGAUGAGGCUAUUGGUCAGCCAUAGUAUAUUCUUGGUGAUCAGGACGUUGAUCAGCUUGAAAGUCGCUGCGAUGGAUGGUGCGCUGGUCUCGAGUCUUGUGCGGGGGAAGGGCAGGGACUUUUUGAUGGGGAUUGUUUGGUGGAUGGUCAUUGCAGUGCCUGCGACUUUUACGAAUUCUAUGCUCUCUUAUCAUCAGUGCAAACUAUCCUUGCAAUACCGUACACGAUUAACGAACUACAUUCACGACAAAUAUCUAUCGAACAUGACCUUCUACUCCCUCUCUGCCUUGGAUGACCGAAUCAAGAACGCAGACCAAUUAAUAACCGUGGAUGUCUCAAAGUUUGCCAACAGCCUCGCAGAAUUAUACGGAAAUCUAGCAAAACCGACACUGGAUAUGCUGAUUUACAAUUACUCGCUAUCAAAAAGUGUUGGUGGCGAAGGACUCUUCUUCAUGUCUUUACUGGUACAAUUGUCAGCGAGUGUGAUGCGCGCCUUGACCCCUCCUUUUGGAAAAUAUGUGGCGGACGAGGCACGACUAGAAGGAGAGUUCCGGUUCGAACAUUCAAGAUUGAUAGAUUACAGUGAGGAAAUUGCACUAUAUCAUGGGCAUGAGGCGGAAAAGGAUGCGUUAGACAAGGGUUAUUUCACACUUAUCAAACACGUUAAUCAUAUUCUCAGGCGACGUUUCACGCAUGGCGUUAUGGAGGACUUCGUCAUUAAAUAUGUUUGGGGUGCAUUAGGACUCAUCCUCUGUAGCGUUCCCGUCUUCUUCAAGAUUCCCGGGGCUACAGCUGCAACAAUGGGCGACAGGACAGAAAGUUUUGUCACGAACAGGCGAAUGUUAUUGUCAAGCUCGGAUGCUUUUGGUCGGGUCAUGUUUUCCUACAAGGAGAUCACAGAACUGGCUGGAUAUACAUCAAGAGUUGCAACCCUAUUGGAUGUUAUGGAUGACAUUAAGGCUGGUCAUUUUGAGAAAACUCUUGUUGCCGAUGAUGAAUCCCCCGAGCAAUUAGAUCUGAUGAAAGAACGAGGAACAGUGAUUGAGAGCGAGGAUAUUGAAUUCAUCAAUGUCCCCAUUAUCACGCCAGGCGGAAGUGUUCUUGUAAGAGCUCUCUCCUUUUCCAUGAAGCGGGGCGACCACGUCUUAGUCGUGGGGCCAAACGGCUGCGGAAAAUCAUCACUUUUCCGCAUCCUUGGUGGACUCUGGCCAGUAUACGGAGGUACAGUUCGAAAACCACCUCUCAGCCAAGUCUUCUACGUCCCCCAACGACCCUACCUUAGCGCCGGCUCUCUCCGCCAACAAAUCAUCUACCCCGAUUCCCUACGCACCAUGCGCAGUAAGGGGAUAACCGAUUCCGACCUCCUAGAAAUCUUGCGCAUCCUCGAUCUCGACCACCUCGUCGCUUCGUUUCCCGAAGGCUGGGACGCUGAAGCAGAAUGGCGGGACGUGCUGUCCGGGGGUUUGCAGCAACGCGUAGCGAUGGCGAGGCUGUUUUACAAUAGGCCUAAAUAUGCUAUCCUGGACGAAUGCACGUCGAGUGUUACGCUAGAAAUGGAGAAAGUCAUGUACGAGCACGCGAAAGCGCUUGGCAUCACGCUCAUGACUUUUGACGGGCAGGGGAAAUAUAUUUUUACGAAACUCGAUGCGGACAGGCGGUUGAAACUGGAGGAUGAGAGGGAGGACCUUGAGGUGCAGCUCAGGCAGGUUCCGGAGAUCGAGAGGAGGAUUGCAGAAUUGAGCGCUGCGUGA